UAAAAUUUAAAUGUAACAAUAAUUACUACUUUAAUAUAUUUCAUUAUCAUUAAGACGUGACAUAAAUCAAUAUCUUAAAAUUAUAUCUUGGUCGUCAUAUCUCUAGUUCUGAAAAACCUCCGUUUUAAUCUCCUAAGAAGCAAAAAUUGUAGAUAUUGGCGAUGCUAGCACUAACUCCAACAUCAAUCUUUGUGCACCCACAAAACCCAAAACCCUUUUCUUUUAGUAGGGUUUCAAGCUUCAUUGUCAGAGCAUUUUCCAAAUUCCCCGGAGAUUCGGAUUCCGACGACUCACCGGAUGAAAUUCAAAGCCGGAGGUCUAAUUACUCCGGCGUCAAGCUCGAAGAAACAGUAGAUGUCAAAACUGGAAAGCUGAGACUAGAUUCUUGGGUCAGCUCCCGUAUCAACGGUAUUAGCAGAGCUCGUGUUCAGUCCAGCAUUCGCUCUGGACUUGUUUCUGUCAAUGGUCGCGUCACUGAUAAGGUUUCACAUACGGUAAAAGGUGGGGAUAAGGUUAAUUGUACAAUAGCUGAUUUGAAGCCUUUAAGAGCUGAACCAGAGGAUAUACCAUUGGAUAUAGUGUAUGAAGAUGACCAUGUGCUUGUUGUUAACAAGCCUGCUCACAUGGUAGUUCAUCCCGCACCAGGAAAUGCCACUGGAACGCUGGUAAGCGGAAUUCUUCAUCACUGCAGUCUUCCCACCGUUUCAUUCCAGGGUGAAGAAGUGCUUUCUGAUGUGGAAGAUACUUCAGAUGAUGAGUUGAACUUGUUUCCUGCCAACCAAAGUCCUUAUGGUGUCGAUUCUUCUGUUAUGCGUGAGCCAUCUGUCCGGCCAGGAAUUGUGCAUAGGUUAGACAAAGGAACCAGUGGAUUGCUUGUUGUUGCGAAGGUCGUUCCCGUUCUGCAGACUGAGCAGUCUCUUGCCAAUCUAGCUGAACAGUUUAAGAAACAUACAAUAAAAAGAGUCUAUGUCAGUAUUACUUGUGGGGUACCUACAUCAGUUUCAGGACGCAUUGAUAUCCCAAUUGGCCGUGAUUCAAAUAACCGCAUCCGUAUGGUUGCUAUUCCUGGAUCACAUAAAGGUGGAAGAGCCCGUAAUGCUGCCAGUAGGUAUAAAGUAAUUGAAAAACUUGCUGGAGGUGGCUCCGCAUUGGUUGAAUGGAGGUUAGAAACGGGGCGCACUCAUCAGAUACGCGCUCAUGCGAAGUACCUAGGUAUACCUCUUUUGGGUGAUGAGGUGUAUGGAGGUACUAAGAACAUGGCCCUUUCGCUUCUUCAGCCUAAAACACCUCCAAGGUCUCAUGGGAAACUUUCGCAGUUGAUUUCUGGAAUUGAAAGACCUUGCCUCCAUGCUUUAACCCUUGGAUUUAAGCAUCCAUACACAGGCGAGAACAUACAUUUCACUCGGUUGCCUCCUGCUGAUUUUGCUGAGGUUUUAAGCGAGCUUCGUGCCAUUAGCACUGAGAAGGUAACUCGGCUACAUAAAUCCUCACCCUUACUCUAAUUUUCAUGACUCACAUGUGGUGAUAUGACCAAUCUACUUUUCAGGUCUUAUGAGUCUAACUAUGUCUGGUUUAUCAGUUUGAUAGCAUGACCAGAUAAAAGAGCAACUUGUCUUUGGUGUUAAUCUACCAAAUGUCCUGAUUGCUCAACCACAGUUUUGAUAAUGUAAUAUAUAGCUAUCAUUAGUUUAUUCUUUUUCUGGCUAUAUCUGGAUCGCUCUCCUACAAUGUGAAGAGAGGAUUUUGAACCCAUCCUAGAGGAUCUCUUGCUUAAGGUCAUUUCACAUGCUGUUCUGUAAUUAAAUUGCUGGAUUGUUCAUGUCUCGUCACACCAAUAUUGAUUACACUUUGUCCCGAAA